AUGUAUCCGAAAGACGGCUUGCUCCUGAAUGGGAUUGCCACCAUCGCAUGUGCGCGGGUGGCUCUUCCUGGGCGGAGGCUCCCGAGGUCUGGCAGCAUCCAUGUGGUGGGCGAAGCGCCGAGGACUUGUGCAGGCUCUGUCCUUCAAGGUGUGGGUGGCACGGCCGGCAUGGCGGUGGACGGAAGCAUGCCCGAUAUGUAUAUAUCGCAGGCAUGGAUGUGGGAUCGAGCCUUGAACGAUGACGAGCUCAUGGCGCUACACCUGGGCACCAGGACGCGCUAUCAUCGGGACUACCAGAUCAACCUGCAGAAUGUCCAGGUUGUCCGUCCCGGGGCAGAGAUCAAAGCAAGUGGGAUCAUGCAGUGCAGCCAGCCCGGCUGUGAAGCUUCCGUGGAAUUGUCGGGGCUCCCGACGAACGCGGAUGCAAGGUGCUUCCUAACUUUCGGCGUGGCCAUGACAGACUUCAGUGGCCCAGAAGAAGUCGUGGAGUACAUCGCGAUUGAUGACUACAACGUGGUGGAGCGUUGUUGGCCUCAAGUCGACGGAGAUCCAAACAAUAUGUAUUACUGCGCUGACAAGCUGGAUGUGUCUCAAGCCGCGCUUCGGGGCUCUUUCCUCAAGGAUGGCACGGCUCUUGUUACGGCGAAGCUAUCUUCGGAGGUUGACAUCUUGGAGUUCCGCUUUCAGAACCGUUGGAUGCUGUACGCAGAGGUAGAGAUUCUCUGCCUCGGCGGUGUGGUGAGCAACGACCCCUUGCCAGACAUGGCUGUGAAGAUCGAGCCAGAGGUCACUCACAUCCUCGCUGCUGCUGCAAAUGUGCAAGGUGAGGGGGGCAAGGCACCUCUCCGCUUCUAUGACAAGAGUAACGGCUUCACUGUGCAACCGGUCAUUGGUGAUUCCAGCACCGCCGCUGUCCGGGUGGCACCCUGA